AUGAAUGUCCGCACAGAGGACGGCAUCAGCCUGUGCCAAAGGGCUCUCCAAAUAGUGACAGAGCUGUGCCUCGCCGGGCACGUCGACCGGGAGAAAUGCGCGGAUAUAUUUCCACUGGAGAGCAACAUACCAGGUAAAGGAAGUUCAGACAUCUCUGUAAGUCUUCUAGCUGUGGUCGUAGGUUUCUGUGGGCUCGCCCUUUUGGUAGUCUCUCUCUUUGUCUUUUGGAAGCUGUGCUGGCCCAUUUGGAGAAGCAAGGCGUUCACGUCCAAUGCUGACAGCUGUCCGCCGGGGGUGCUGCUCGAGGCCCCCCCUGCACCACCUCCGGUGUCUCGUUCUGUUUCUCCUUAUGCUGAGGCAAAAGCCGUUGGAGUUGCAGGACGACAGCCAUUGCAAAUCCAGCAUGAGGAUGAGGAGGACAAGAAGUGGAAGGUACCAGAGGUGAAAGUGAACGGCCGCAGUUCGGUUAAGAUCCUAGAGGCGGCCAUGAAGAUCAGCCAGACGUCACCAGAUAUCCCUGCUGAGGUGCAGCAGGCACUGCGGGACCGUCUGAGCAAGCAGGCCAAAAUUCAGCGGCAGACCACUGAACCUACCUCGUCCUCCAGGCACAAUUCUUUCCGCCGACACCUGCCCCGGCAGAUGAAUGUGACCAGUGUGGACUUCACUAUGGACACUCUACCUGUGCGCCAGUCUUCUGCAGUCAGCAUCGGCCGUAUCAAACCUGAACUGUACAAGCAGAAGUCUGUAGACUCUGAAGAGGGUACGAAGGAGCCGGUGGAGACGUGCGGAAAACUGAGCUUUGCUCUAAGCUAUGACUAUGAGGAACAAGCUCUUGUGGUUCGCAUUCUCAAGGCCCUGGACCUGCCCGCAAAAGACUUCACCGGUACCUCAGACCCUUAUGUGAAGAUAUACCUGCUUCCAGAGCGCAAAAAGAAGUUUCAGACGAGAGUCCACCGUAAAACCCUCAAUCCCACAUUCGACGAGGAUUUCCGUUUCCCUGUGGAGUACAGCGAGCUGUGUAAUCGCAAGCUGCACUUCAGCGUGUACGACUUUGACCGCUUCACGAGUCAUGAUAUGAUUGGUGAGGUGGUGGUUGAUAACCUGUUUGAGCUGUCUGAUCUAUCACGCGAAGCCGUGGUUUGGAAGGACAUCCUUGCAGCCACUACAGAGAGCGUGGAUCUGGGUGAAAUAAUGUACUCCCUUUGCUAUCUUCCCACGGCUGGACGCAUGACCCUCACAGUCAUCAAAUGUCGCAAUCUAAAAGCCAUGGACAUAACUGGCUAUUCUGAUCCAUACGUUAAAGUAGCCCUCAUAUGUGAUGGUCGGAGGCUGAAGAAGCGGAAGACGACCACCAAAAAGAACACACUCAACCCGGUCUAUAACGAGGCCAUCAUUUUCGACAUCCCACCUGAGAAUGUGGAGCAGGUCAGCCUGUCAAUCACGGUGAUGGACUACGACAGAGUUGGACACAAUGAAGUGAUAGGGGUGUGCAGGGCGGGGCCGGAUGCCGAGGGUCUUGGAAGAGACCACUGGAACGAGAUGUUAGCCUAUCCACGCAAGCCCAUCACCCACUGGCAUGCACUAUGUGAGUGGCCAGGACGGGCAUCCAGCUUUGAGAGUCAAGGAUCAUGUCCAUCUCCAAAACCACCACAGACCCCUUAA